AUGGAUCCAGCGCUCCGGCACGCCAAGAGCAGGGGCUUCAUCUCCAGCGCGGAGCUGAGCAUGAAGCAGGCGGCAGGGGCUCCGGGACCCGAGGGCAGGUCCCGCUUCCAGAAGGUCUCGCUGGUGUCGCGGCGGCUGGAGAGCACAGGGAGCUCCCGUGGCCGGGAGGGGAGUCCGUCCCGCGUGUCUCUCCUGCUGCAGGCCUGGGAGAGGGAGAUCGUGGAGAAGACGGGGUCGAGCCCCGCCACCGUGGCCCACCGGGAACACUCGUCCUCUGUCAACCUCCUCAAGGACUUCACCGCGCACGGCCCCAUCUUCUCCCAGGUGUAUUCCCCGGCGCAGAAGCCCCGGCGGCAGGACGAGAGGGGGAAGGCGGGGGCUGGCGGAGACAGCACCCCCUCUCCGGUGGGCUCCCCCCGCGACGUGCCCGUGCACAGGGAGAGCUACGUGCACGGCACCCUGCUGCCCACCCGCCCCGCGGGGGGACCCGCGGGGGGACCCGGGGACGGUCCCGGUGCCCCGUGCGCGGCCAAGCCCGGCUGCGUCCCCGCCCUGCCCAGGGCCAGGCAGGUCACGGUGCUGCGGACGGGCAGGGACGCAGCCGGGGCUGAGCCACGGGAAGCCCCAAACGGGACACACGACUCUGCCGGUGCCACCACGGCCCCGUCACAGCGGGAGAGCCCCGGGCAGGACGGCAGUGGCUCCGCUGGGGCUGCAGAGGGCGGCGGGAGCUCGCCGGGCACCGCAGAGGCCACCGGGCUGCCGGCUGAGGGAUGCCCGGCGGAGAAAGACUCGCCGCAAGCCGAAGCCAAGCCGGUGAACGCAACCCCGGGAGACGGCGACAGGCCUGGGGACACACAAACCAGUAUAACCAGCUCCCCGCAGUGUCCCUCGGCUGACGCCGGUGGCCAGACUGAUCCGGCUGGCGCAAGAGAGGGAAGCGUGGCAGACGUGGAUGACACCAUUCCAGCCACGCCACCGAGGACAGAGAGCCCCCCGGGAGCUGACUGCAAUCCUAAAACCCCCUCCUCCUCGGAGAGCGAUGGUCCAGAGCCUUCAUCCAAAACCCCAGCACCAACAAAGGCUGAGACUGAGCUGGAGGGGGAUGACACAAUGCGAGACCCCCAGAGCACAGCCCAAGAACCUGAGAGCACCCCAGAACCCCCCGCCGAGCCCCCAGCCCCUGACCCCCCAGCUGAGAGCCCCCCGGACACGACUGAGGAGGACCCCGAACUGCUGGUGGACAUGGAGAUCUUCGUGGACACGCUCCGCAACAUGGAGCCCUCGGAGAUGAGGAAGUCCCCCAAGGCCCCCCGGCAGCCCCGGCCGUCGGCUCUGGGCCGCUGUGCAGCUCUGCCCCCCAUCCACGAGGACCGUGUGGACCCCCGAGCUCCCGUGUCCCUGCCCCAGGCCCUGUGGGAGCUGCUGGCGCGGGGCCCGGUGGGGCAGCCAGAGGAGACCCCCAAAGAGGAGGAGGAGGAGGAGGAGGAGAUCGAGAACCCCUACCUGACCCCCGAGGAGCGGGCACCGACCAGGACCCUCCACGGGGUGCCCAGGGACAGGGUGGAGGGGGGCUCGUUCCUGGGGACGCUGGGAGCAGAUGAGAAAGCCAAACUGGUGCCUGGGGGCUCGGCCGAGCAGAGCGUGCUCUUCCGAGGGAGUGUCCUCAAGGGCAUGGCUCUGCUCUCCCACUUUUUGGAGCAGCGGGCAGCUGGAGCUGAUGAGGGCAAGCCCUACUCACGCCUGGACAACAGUGUGCUCUACAGCCGCUUCAAGUCCCCCAGCGCUGCCCUGCUCGAGCUGCCUGACAGGGAUGGGGCCACAGGCUCGUCCACACUCAGGGACCACAACGGGCUGGCCCAUGGUGGCCACUCUAGCCCUGAGAUGGCCAUGAUGGAAGCCCUGAGUUCUGGCUCCGUCCCUCCUGUCACUGAAGAGCCAGAGGGCACCAUGGCCCUGUGUCCCGAUGAUGUCCUGCAGGAGGACAAGGAGGGCUUUGAGAAGAUCAACACAAGACCUGGCAAGAUCAUCCUCUACUCCGAUGCCGGCUUCGCGGGACAGAAACGGGAGAUCUGGGGCGACGUCCCCGAUGCCACGUCCUGGGAGCUCUCACACACCAUCUCCAUCCGUGUCAUCCGAGGCGGGUGGGUGAUGUACGAGAAGCCACGAUUCCACGGGCGCAAGUGCGUGCUGGCCGAGGGGGACGUGGAGAUCAACAACCCCUGGACGGCCUACGGGGACAACGGGCAGCCCCGCGGCAGCCGCCCCUUCCGCAUCGGCUCCUUCAAGAGGGUGGUGAGGGAUUACCGCACCCCCGAGAUCAGCCUGUUCGCGGAGGAGAACGGCGAGGGCGCCCGGCUGAAGUUCACCGACUCGGCCGAGGACACCCGCGUGCAGGGACAGGCGCUUGCUGCCGCCUCCAUCAUCGUCCACUCGGGGCUGUGGCUGGUUUACUCCAAGCCGUUCUUCGACGAUGACCCCUACGUUCUGGAGCCGGGCGGGUACCCCAAUUUAAAGGCUUGGGGAGCAAAGGACCCAUCCAUCUGCUCCAUGCACCCCAUCAGGCUGGGCUGCCCUGUCGUGGAGAGACCUGGAGAGCCACAGGUGCUGAUCUAUGAGUCUGCGGGGUUCCAGGGCCGCAGCUUCACCAUCAGCCGAGACAUCUACGACCUGAAGAGCCUUGCUGAGCCAGCACUGCCCACCGUGGGCUCCCUGCGUGUCCUGGGUGGCUGCUGGGUUGGCUACGAGAAGGAAGGCUUCCGUGGACACCAGUACCUGCUGGAGGAAGGGGAAUACCAGGACUGGAGGCAGUGGGGUGGCUACAGCAAGGAGCUGAUGUCCCUUCGGCUGAUACGGACGGACUUCUCUGACCCAGCACUGGUCCUGUUCGAGGCCAUGGACUUUGAGGAGGGCCCGAGCGUGGAGCUGAGCGAGGCGCUCCCCGACACGCAGCUGGCCGGCUACGGCACCGUCACCCAGUCCAUCCACGUGCUGAGCGGCGUGUGGGUGGCCUACGGGGGCACCAACUACUCGGGCGAGCAGUACGUCCUGGAGAAGGGGGUGUACCGCAACUGCGAGGACUGGGGGGCCACCGACUGCCACAUCGCCUCGGCACAGCCCAUCCUGCAGGUCAGGGAACACAACCUCCAUUUCGUCUCCAAGAUCCUGCUCUUCUCGGAGCCUGACUUCUCGGGGGAUCAUGUUGCCUUCGAGGAGGACCAGGGGGCCCUGCCCGACGCCUUCAUCCCACGCUCCUGCAGAGUCCGUGGGGGCAGCUGGAUCCUGUUUGACGGGCAGGACUUCGCGGGGGAGCAGCACGUGCUGUCCGAGGGUGAGUACCCCACGCUCAGUGCCAUGGGCUGCCUCUGCUCCACCACCAUCCGCUCCUUGAGGAAGGUUCCACUGUUUUUCUCGGAGCCCUCCAUCUUCCUGCACGGGCUGGAGUGUUUCGAGGGGAAGGAGAUCGAGCUCAACUCCGAAGUGCGGAGUCUGCAGGCGGAGGGUUUCAACAACCACGUGCUGUCCGUGCGCGUCAAAGGUGGCAUCUGGGUGCUGUGUGAGCACGGUGACUUCCGAGGGCGGCAGUGGCUGCUGGACUGCACCGAGAUCACCAACUGGCUGACCUACAGCGGGCUGCAGCACGUGGGGUCCCUCUACCCCAUCCGCCAGAGACGGAUCUAUUUCCGCAUCAGGAGCAAGGAGCUGGAGCUCUACCUCGCGGUCCCUGACGACGUGGAGGACAUGAAGGCGGGGCGGGUGGUGGUCUCCAGCCUGAGGGAGCAGAGCAGCUCUGUCUGGUACUACGAGGAUGGGCUGAUCAAAAACCAGGUGGCCCCCAACAUGAGCCUGCAGGUCAUCGGGCCAGCUGGGAGGGGCGCCAAGGCCGUGCUGUGGUCCGAGACCCGGAUGCCACGUCAGACCUGGAGCGUGGAUUCCCAGGGACGGAUCCACAGCCAGAUGUUCGAGGACAUGAUCCUCGACGUAAAGGGCGGCCGAACCUACGACCGGGACCACGCCAUCGUUUGGGACAUGGCCGAGGAGAGACCCACGCAGAUCUGGGACAUAGAGGUGCUCUGA